AUGGCUCGCGAGCAUCCAAGCGUCUCGAAGGCAUCUUCCAAGAAAGGGCAGACUUAUGAUGGCGAAACGGAUGAAGAGGAAGUAGAUAGGAGAAAACAGAACAAGGCGGCCCUGGCCAAGAAACAAUCUUCUGGGGAUAUGUCAAAACUUUUUGUCAAAAAUAUUGAUGGAAUGGAAGAAAGUAUCAAGUUUUAUAUUGUAGACUGGGAAGAUUGGGAUACCAUUAAUGAUAUACGUGACCAGAUUGCGAAAUGUGGUGGCGAAGUAGUGGAUGAACGUCCGAGAGAAGGAUACUCUCUUAUAGACCCACGAACUGAAGAAGGCGAACUGGAGCUGGCAACAAGGUCAACCCGAACGCGAUGUGUCGUCUCCUUCCUCUUUGUCGAGGAAAGCAUCAAACGGGGUAGCCUCAUGUCCCCUCUAGAGUCGUUGCUUUUCGUAAAGGAGGAUAAACCAGUGAAAUUUCAUCUCCAUGAAUCUCUGUCUGAAGACGAGAUUGAGAACCUGAGGUAUGAUAUCCUGCUCCGCGGAGGAAACCCCGACGUGGAUAUUUCCGAGACUCAAGCCGUGAUCCAUCAUAAAGAUUUUCGUAGGUCGGCAGCCAGGGACAAGAGGUGGCGCCAAAUAGAGCUGUUCGAAACCUCGGACUGGCUGAAGUCAUCCAUAGCAAGAAAACGUUUUACAUUGACUGGGGCAGGUGGUCGCCUGACCGCCCCUCCUGCUGCUAGGCCGAAGCCACUCGUUCAGCCCGGUAGAAAACCUGGAGCGCCUCGAACUGAAUUUACCGAGGAGGAUGACGAACGGUUGAUUCUUUGGAUGGCCUACCAAUUUGGUAGAAACCAAGCUGGUCGGCAGGGUAAUCGACCAUACCAAGUUUUAGCCGAACACCUUUGGUGGACGCACAGACACACUUGGCAUUCGUGGCGAGAGCGGUACAAGAUAAAGAGGACUCAUUUUGAUCCGCUCAUUAUUCAGGCCGUCGACGAGAGAGAGACUAAGAAAAAGCCUAAGAAACACAGGGUUCCGGAGUUCCCUGAUAGUAGCAUCAAAGACAGUGACGAUGAAAGCGAGGAUGGUGAGUAUGUUGGUGGUGAGGAGAGGCCCAAUGAAGCGAACGGCGACGAGGAAGAAGCUCAGGAGGCUCGACCUUCGAAGGCAAGAGCUAAACCAAAGCCCGUCAAGCGCAGAGCAUCGGAUUCUAGCGAAGUUGAAGAUGACCCCGAGCCACCCAAACAAAUCAAACAAUCUGCUUCUCAGCCUACCAGACCCACCCCUAGAGGGGUAAAGAGAGCCAAAACGGGCUCUCGGCCUGAGGCACCCCCAUUCAUCAAGACCUCGGCUUCACAAAAGGCUCGUGAGGCACCUCCCCUCAAGUCUCCCACACAACCCCCAAGCGAGCUUUCCUCCCCUGUUCGCGCCUCGCCUCCUCCGAGGGCGGAACCGAUUCGAGAGGAAAGCCCUGAUACUGAGCCAGAACUCGACCAAGAGCAAGGAGAUUCAUCUUCUACUCAAUUGGGGAAUGGCAUUAUUGAUCAGGCCGUCCUCGGAGGUGCUCAAGGGGCAGUAGAUCGACAUAAUGCCGAGUUGGCUGAGAUGAGUGUUGAUGAGGAGCAAGACGAAAUUGAGGAGUCUCCAUACGAAGACCCGGAUGUCGAUGUCGUUAACGAAGCUGAAGAAACCAAUGAGACACUCCUCGAUACCGUUGAAGAUCAGUUGUUGGCGUUGGCUAACACGUACGGUGCUAUUUAUGCGCGAGUUGAGGCUUAUUACACUCGCGCGGUGGAGGACGGCAAGAAUCAAGACGCCGCAAUCGAAUUUGCUGGGGAGCAGCUGCGGAUUGACAUGAGGCGCGAUAAGGGCAAAGGCCGAGCAAUUUGGGUUACAAUUGUGCUUGUUGCGAGAUUUCGACACGAGCUCUCUCACGAAGAGGAGACCACGGCAGACAAGUGCCCAGUCGACCAUACCAAUCGUGCGGCAUGGGCGAACCUCACCCCGCCAUCGUGGCACCCUCCCGUUCCAGGCGCGGCUUCGGAUGUAGGACAGAUACCACAUACGUCGCUUCCUACCUUGCGUGAGACGUCGUCUAUCCCCCGCCUCGAUGGACAAAAAUGGGUGUACCCCUCAGAGGCUCAGUUCUUUGCCGCUAUGGCACGAAAGAACCACAGCCCCCAUGCACCUGAUAUGCGUGUUAUUGUGCCGAUCCAUAAUGCGGUAAACGAGCGUGCAUGGCAUGAACUCUUGGCUUGGGAGGCAGGUCGGGGCGCCGAGGCGUGUGGGGGAGUCAAGCUCGUUAGUUUCAAAGGCCGACCAGGGGAUAGGACCCCCAAAGCAUGGCUCAAGACGUUACUGGGUUACCAAGCCCCGUUCGAUCGCCACGACUGGGUGAUAGAUAGGUGCGGUACACGAAUGCGAUACGUAAUCGACUUUUACACCGGCCGAUCCUCGCCAACUGGGUUGGGGCCUAUGCAUAACUCUCAACCCAAUGUAUCGUUUUACUUGGAUGUACGUCCUGCAAUUGACAAUUGGGAGGCCGUGAAAAUGCGGCUCGAACGUUUCUGGGCGGACUGGAUAGGUUGA